AGCUGCUUAUCUUACCAGUAUUGUUACCUGUGUUUCACCUGGUAGACACCCGGCUGAUAUUAGUUUGACCUAAUAAGAUUAAAUCCGCGGGUUGUUAGCAUUCAGUAGCUAGCUCGCUCUUUAUAUUGUAGCUUGUCGGUAAGUUGCUGUGAGGCGGAAUAACCUGUCAGUUAGUGGGUUAGCUCCAGUAGUUAGCCUGCUGCUAGUUACCUGACGUUAAACUGGAGCUAGCUAAUCUCCUCAACCCCAACGCUCACAUUUGGCUCAUUUUCUCCGUGUAAAAGCAUUGACGUCCACGUAGGAGAGUCUGUCUAGUGUGACAUGGUGAUGCGUUGACAGCCAACGUGUUUUUAACCGUUUCUUUGCGUUAUUACCAUUCCUUUCUUCAACUACUAAAACCAAACUAACCCUAACGUCCUAAUCUCCCUCCAUAGCUCAGUUCCGGGUUGUUUUCUGGUUGUCGUUCACUGCAAGGUGUUGGUCCAAAUCCACAUGUGUUUGUACUUCUUACAGCCAGACAGUGGUUAGCUGCUGCCAUAUGUUAAGUUAGCCAUCUGUCUGGAUCAUGGCAGCAGACUGUCACAGUAUAACCAUCAGCAUUCAGGAUAGCAUCCAGCAGAUCCAUCCCAGAGGAGCGAGAACUGCAGCCAGGUGCUGUUAUGGGUCACGGCCACAUGCAUGAUGACUGUCACCACGGACAUGCAGGUCAUUCUCACAGUCACGGGCCGAGAGCGGCGCACCCCUUCAUGACAGCUUUCCACGGACAGUUCGCCAAAAGCGCCGAUCAGGCGAUGGAUAUCAGUCAGCAGCCUAAGAGACGGUCGCACAUGGAUGACAGCGGCAGCUGGGACAUCGUGAAGGCAACACAGUUCGGUAUCCUCGAGCGCUGUAAGGAGCUGGUGGAGGCCGGAUACGAUGUCAGGCAGCCGGACAAAGAGAACGUCACUCUGCUGCACUGGGCAGCCAUCAACAACCGCUCAGAGCUGGUCAAGUAUUAUAUUUCCAAAGGGUCGAUAGUGGACCAGCUUGGAGGUGACCUGAACUCUACUCCUCUGCACUGGGCCAUAAGGCAGGGCCACCUCCCUAUGGUGAUCCAGCUGAUGAGAUACGGAGCAGAUCCCGCCGUCGCAGAUGGAGAAGGUUACCGCGCUCUCCACCUCGCCAUCCUCUUCCAGCACAUGGCCGUAGCAGCUUAUCUUAUGGCUAAAGGACAGGAGGUCGAUGGGCCUGACUGCAACGGACAGACACCACUGAUGUUAGCAGCCCAGAAGAUUAUUGGGCCUGAACCCACAAAUUUCCUAAUCAAAAAUAACGCUUCUGUGAGUGCUGUGGACAAAGUGAACAGGAACACUCCGCUGCACUGCGCCGUGCUGGCAGGAAACGUAGACGCAGCCCACAUCCUGCUGGAGGCUGGGGCCAGCGUGGACGCAGAAAACAUCAACGGUCACACGCCCCUCGACUUGGCCCACCAGGUACACAGCCCGCUGCUCAUCCACAUGCUGAACCACGUCAAACAGGAGAGGAUUCGCUCCAACUCGCGCUGCCUGCGGCUCGUCAACAGAUACAGGGUCUUUCUGCAGUUUUUGCUCUGCACUGCCAUGUUUGGAAGUGUGGGUGCCAUCGUUGAUAUGAACUCGGAAUCGUGGCUGCUCAAAGGGAUCCUGCUGGCCUGUGUGAUAGGUGUUAUCAAUCUGGCCUCAAGGAACUUCCCAAGUCCAGCCUUUCAGACUCUCCUACCAGCUACAGCUCUCAUGGCUUCAGUGUUCUGGAUGCUCGUCACCUGGUGCCUCUGGUUCCUGCCAGAUGGGCCCAGCGCCACAGCUCAAGUCCUGUUCACUCUGAAUGCCACCGCUCUGCUCUACUACUACCUCCGCACCUGCAGGACCGACCCCGGCUUCGUCAAGGCAACCGAAGAAGAGAAGAAAAUGAAUGUGUUGGUGUUGGCUGAAGCCGGCUGUCUGGACCCCAGAAUAUUCUGCACGUCUUGCAUGACAAAGAAACCAAUGAGAACAAACCACUGCUUCAACUGUGACGCCUGUGUGGCAAAGCAGGACCACCACUCUGUCUGGACCAACGGCUGCAUCGGUGCGAGAAACCAUCACUACUUCGUCCUCUUCCUGCUCUCCCUCCUGUUGAUGGGAGCCUGGAUGUUCUACGGCUGCCUCACAUACUGGUCGACUCACUGCGUGCUGCAUUAUGAGGAGCAGGGCCUGUGGGGCGUGGUCUCUGCCCUGGUCGGCUGCUCCCCCUGGCUGCUCAGCGUCUUUCUGCUGGCUUUCUAUCACACCUGCUGGUCCGGCGCACUCCUGCUGAUGCAGCUCUACCAGAUUGCCUUCCUGGGACUGACCACGGCAGAGCGGACCAACCUGACGUUCCACCAGAGAAAACUCAGACAAUCCGGCUCCCUCAGACAGAAUCCUUACAAUUUGGGCGUGCUGCGGAACCUCGUGUCCUUUUUCCAGCUACGUUGCUGCGGCCUCUUCAAACCGGCCAUCAUCGACUGGACGCAGCAGUUUCCACCCGGCCGCGACCAGCACGUGUUCGGACACACCGACAUGGUCUGACCUCCCUCGCCACCCCUCACUCAGGGUCAAGGGUCAGACUUUUCACAGUGGUUCUGGACCAAAAGCACAAAGUGUAUUUAUUUAUUUUUUUUAGCAGGAUGGCUCCUUGUGAAGAGAAACCGCGACACCAGAAGUUGGAGAAACACAAAGUAUUGUGUAGAUAUCGUUUGACUCAGUUGCUCUUUGUACAGACUGCUGCUGCCUUAUACUUGACCAAUGUAAAGUGAAAGGAAAUUCACAAAUGUGUUAAUUUGGGUUAAAACCUUUAAAGGCCUAAAUUGUAAUUGAAGUUUUAAGAUGUUUUUUAUGAACACAUCAAGCCUAUUUUUUAUUAUCUGUUCGGGGGGAAAAAAGGAUGUUUGUACAUGUAGACGGUUGAUUUUAUGACUUUUGUAAGAGUUGCAUGUGUUUAAUAAUGAAUGACCACUAUAGUACUUCAAUAAAGCAAUGUUGUGCCUGUC